UUGCUAUAAGGCGCCUAAUUCCACACAGUCCUACGUCGUUGUCUCUAGGACGAAACUCUUAAACAUAAGAAGAACAUCCUGCAGUUAACGUCAAUUGACCCAAUAAGCAGUCAAAAAAUUCGCACACACAAAAGGGUUCAGAUUAUACCACAAAUGUUUUUGGUACCAGGAAGACGUGUUUAUUUAUAUCAGUCACUGGAAGUGGAUCCAGUACGGGUAUUAGAAUGGUGUCUAAUUCAAUGACAGUGGCCUGAAUUCAUACACGAAGCAAAAGAAACAUGCGAAGAUAACGUUUUUGUCGUGUCGGAUAAAUGUGUUGUGAAGAAUGUGGAAAAAUCACGUUCAAAUUAGGCAACAAGCUUAGCAAACAAUAUAAAAAGCUUCACAUAAAAAAUAAACAAGGAAUCCUCAUGACCGCGGCGGCCUCACUCCCCUACGAGCUGGUGUUCCUGACCACAUCUAAUACCGUUGUAGUAAAAGAUUUGGAUCAAGCAUGUUACCGGCUGCACGACAAAGCCGGAGAGUCCGUGGCUGGAGUAGUUGACCCGUUGUUGCGAGAAGCCCGUCGUGCGCUUCAGGACUCAAAAAAGCUCCCAUGGAGGCUAACAGGAAAGCUUAAAGAUCACCUUCGGGAACUCGAAAGUCUCCAGGAAAAAGAACGAUGUCUAGCAGUAUCGUGGAUUGCACCGAGAUUGUUGACUAUGCUAUUCGGCAAUGGAGCCCUUUGCAUUAUACAGACGGAUGGCAUAGGUCCGUCGGUUUCGCGCAUCUUCAUAGAUCGAAGUUUAUGUGAUCGCUUCACGGAGAACCGCUCUGAGAGACCUGUCCACGCAAUUAUACAUGGGAAGACCAUUGCUGUUUCUUUCUACGAGCCAAAGGUGUUGGUUGUACGAUUACUGCGAUCUCUAUCUUCGUUAGCAUCUAGUGGAGGACAUCGGUGGCGACCUCUGGCUGGAGAUGCUCGAAUAACGGCAUUAGCAACUGUGGGUAUCGGAGGUCGACGCGCUGAUCGUCGUUUGACCUGGGCUCCGUCUCGGGGCUGGCUUGUGGUGUUCUGGAACGGUGCCGCUCGGGACGAUGCUUUACCGUGGAGUCCACUUCUAACCGAUAAACAACGUGCAAACGUUCUUAUAUACACGAUGCUGCAGGAAAACAACGCUAUAGAACUGUUUUCGUAUGGUCGCAUUGAACGCGCGAUUCAUGCAGCGGAGCUAAGUCACCAUGUGGCUAAUAACCUAAUCACGGUUGAAGGACCACCAGCUGCCGAGGAAGAUCCCAACGAUUCUGAGGCUGAUGACGAUUAUCGAAAACAUGAGAGAAGUCGACCUGUACCUGUUCAUGCAGCAUAUGUCUGCGUCUAUCAAAUUGGACAUGGUCGCUUCGUGCGUUUAUCCUGCGUGACCAUAUCGCUCGAUUCGGCUCUGACCGGCUGUGGUCUCUAUCAGGCAUUGCAGCGAGUUCUUAUUGCGACACGUGAACAGACCGUUCUCUGUUACGACGCUGUUCGACGGAAAAGCUCCACAAGGCGGUUAGGAGUUGCUGUCGAUCGUAUAUCCUGGCAUCCGGAUGGAGCGUUCGCCCUUUUGGCCUCUCUACAGGGGAAGCUAUUAGCAGUUGAUAUGGCUCUUAAUAAUCUUCCACUAUGCGCGGUGUCGGACGUAGCUGCACCUCACGAUUUACUCGAUCUCAACCCGUUCUUUCGUCAUAAACCAUCUCCUCUGUGUAUUGAGUGGGAGCCAAGGUCAAGUGUCAGCCAAAGCAAUGAUCAUACGACCAGUGGACUGGGUGUGCUUGUAAUUGAUAGGACCUGCCUUGUAUUUAUCAACGUUCAGCUUAGCAACGGGGGUCCACUCUGCCCAGAAGCCGGAGAACCCGGAUGGUGCGGAGGAUGGGGACCUGUACAACUAUGUGAACUUUAUAGUCGACGAGGAGCGAUGGAUGCGGCUCUGAGUCUGUUGCGUGCUCUCAGUUGGGCUGAAUUUGCUCCGCUUUGUUAUCGCAUGCUAAUCAAGUGCUGUAAUCGACUACUAACGAAGCCUUUUGAUGACCACGUGGAAGCACAACUUGAGUGUGCCAUGGCAAGCUUUUUUUGCGAGGGUCCAUGCUUGGAGGAGGGAAUUUUAGCCCAGUUUAUGCCAAAGGUGGUCAAUUUGGCCAGAAGGUUCUUCUUCGAGUUAAUGAGGCACGGACGAUACGAGAAGGCCUUCCUGCUCGCCGUUGACAUUGAAUCCGUUGACUUAUUUUAUGACCUUUGUACCAUUGCAAAACGUCUACGGCUAUCAGGUCUCGUGCGAGCCUCACAGCGAAAGAUCGAAGAGCUCGAAUCAUCAACAUGCUCAUCAUCAUUCAGUUCACAUUGUACCUCAAGCAGUUCGGACCAUUCAGAUGCCUCUGGAUCCGGAUCAGGGAGUUCGUCAAACGACGAGCUUGAUUGGAUUGGGCGAGAACACCAGUUUAUUCAGCUAGAGCCCACUCAAGUGAAGGUUGCGGCCGCCACGCCGACAAAACAACUGACGUUAGGUCCCAGCAGUGGUAGUUCCGCGAGCGGACUGAUUAGUGGGACAACCAGUGCCGGUAUGAACGCCACCGGAAGCCUCGCGCAAACCGUAUCCGGGACAAACUUGCCGCGCGCUUUACUUCUCCCUCAAGCGCCAAUUGCGCCGACAGCGGACUCAGCUGUAGCGUUGGCUGUAUCUACGACACGGCGUCAGCUAACUGGUAAUAGCGGGAAGCCUACAACGGGGUCACCUGCUGUAGAUAGACCCGAUACGGAACAGAGAAAAGCCGUUGUUGAUAAACUAAGUUUGAGUCGUUACCGUGAACGCAGUUCGCAUACUCCCAGUGUUCCUUUACAGUCAAGUCAUGGGCAAAAUGAAGAGAAAAUAGCUGCUCUCGGUGAAGACAAGUUGUUUGAGGUUGGACCUGUGUCGACCCGCAGUCCCGCAUGGAACCGACGCAGUCCCACAAGUGUGGGCGAUCGUCCAGAAAGCACUGGCCUAGGCGGUGAAACGGAUGCAGAACAAGUCCGUCAGUUGACAAAAGGAAUUGAGUGUAUUUACUUCGGACAGCUAUAAGAGUUUAUUAAAAAAAUGAUAAUUUCGGUUAAGUCUCUAUAACGAAUGUCUAAUCUGACUUGUUGGAGACAUCGUAGUCGUAUAGGUUCGUGUUCACGGUCUGGAUCACUGGACCAUUUCAGAGUAAUCGUAAUUGUGUGCGAUUAUCUAAACUAAGAGAAUUUCUGUGCGUAAUGCGAUAAUCCAACGCGACAGUUGGUAAAUCAAAAUGCUGGAAACAGCCAAAGAAUUAAUUUUUCCAUUCUUUUGCUUGACUAAAAACCAAGCCUUUAAAUCAUUAAACCCCCAAGCUGAAAGUUUUGUGUAGGCAAGAAUACAUUGUUCCGCAUUUCACCGUACACAGGGCAAGCUUUCGCGCAAAGUGCUGGCUUGAAUGAAUCCUUGUUGCUUAAUUAGGUUUCCUUAUUCUCUAUAAGCGUGCUGUAUCCUAUUGGGCAGAUGUAAAGGUGUUCAGAUUCAUCAAAAUAGGUUUACGCUAGGUAUGGUCUUGCCAUUCUACGAAUGAGAAAACAAUGUUUUCUCGCAUAUCCCGGUAUGUAGAAUAGACAGAAUCCUUGCAUGUUUUUUUAACCUUCUGACUUGCUUAGUGUACCAAUGUAUAUACACAUGUUUAUACAAACUAGAUCUUAGCUGCAGGUUCAUUGUCAAUCUAUUUAUGGCUUGUCGAUGAUUGACGGUAACCAUUUGAGUUAAAUUUUAAAUUAUAUAAAAUAAUUGUUCAUCCGAUUUUAGGAAAAUAGGCCAUGGAUUAGUGUUACGUAUUAAACUGAAGACUAACUAAUUUUGAUGCACGUUAAUUUCUAACCGGAAGUCGUGUCUAUCCAGUUCAAUAGCAAAUGAGCUUCAAAUGAAAAAGGUGUUUCUAAAUGUUUUCGAUUGUUUCGGACUUCACGUGUUGUGAAGUUCGCUGGCCAAACUUCGCGCAUUAUUUAGCUGUAUUAUAAUCUGUGGCUUUCUCCUAUAAGGUUCAUGUUUACGGCGAUAUGUUUUACUAUACGAUACUUCAUCUUAUACGAAUGAUGUUAAUUUCUGACCGCACUGUGUCCGCUUAUCUGUAGAGCACGCCAUGCAUUAACGGCUAGAUAUAAUAGAGUAGAAUCCGUUUAUCUAGUAAUACUGGAAGCUUCCCAGCGCCCCUUAAUAUAGUCGGUAUGAAAUAUUAAAUACCAGAAAAAAAAUCUUUGAAGAAGACCAAAAUCUAGGUUCAUAUAUAUAUAUCUACGUAUAAACAGGAGAGGUCACUCUUUUGGCCAACACCAUGGCUAUACGUGAUAAUUAUUGCAGUGAUUGAGGUAUAAAUUAACGGUUGCACAAUAGGACUUUUUCGAAUUGUUUUUCAAUUAUUUACAAUGCCUAAUGUUGUACUAUAAGUAACCCGUAACACAAAUCUUCACUAUACGAAAACGUGCACAUCCCUGAUCCUAACACGGAUGUUUCCAUUUAUAGUAUCAUACAGAACAGGCGCAAUUCUAGUGACCUAACGAGCGAAAAGAGGACAGUAUCGGCCUAAAUGCAAUAGCUGAUACUCGAUCCCUGAAUAUGUAUUUAAACACGUUUCGAUGCCAAAAGGGGCUUCCAGGAAUAUUUUAUGAGAAUUUGUCUAUCUCAGUUAGUAUUAUAAUCCUAGAUGUAUGGUGGAAGACAAAUGUUCUAAUCUCAAUAUAACCGCGCCAGCCAAUUUUCAUUCGAGGUGUUGGCGAUAAUAAGGGUACUACCAAAAAGCAUGCACACAAAAAGGUACCAGGCAACGUAUUAAGCGUCGUUAUAUCAGCACAGUUCUAUGCCUUGCUGUGACUAUGCUCGGUAAACAGUAGCUGAGUAGCGCAUCGGGGCGAAACACAACAUUCUUGUAAGCGUACCAUCAGUAAUGGACCUGUGGCAUUUUAUGGCAUUUCUUGGAAAUUUUUGGAAAAGUCACUGUAGUCUUCAUAGACCAGUCAUCGUGCAGGUGCCGCAGAUGUAAAAAAUAAACGAUUUUGAAUGCAGGGCAAAUUUAGUGUGCAACAUUUACAACGUAAACUACAGAAUCAUCGAAAGGAAUAGGUUUCACAAAGCGCAUAUUCCAGGAGAACAAACACCUAUUUUCUCUGCUCAUUUUUACUAUUGCAAAGUUUGCAAACAUAAAUUCAGUGUAAUGUAACGCUUUCCAUGGCAGCGAAAACACUUGACUGUUUACGUUAAUAAUUAUUAUUACAAACGCAAUACAAUAUGUCUACUACAACGUACCUGAACAUAUAAACGUAUGGCCAAAUCAUACAGGUGCUUGCAAGCGACAUUGAGCCCAUUAUUUCGGUGCCGAAUCUUCCAUUUACCCUAUAUAGAACGCAAUUUGUCGGUUGGAAAGUUACUGUCUACUGUGCGGUCUCGUAAGAUCGCGUACGAUUGCGUCGUAUACUGCCAGUUUGCGCAGUGCUUGAGUUCGUAUAAGCUCAUACUGCCUUCACAGAAACAAGUGCUAGCACAAACUGCUGUUGAACAGCUUAUAUAGAAAACAGGAAGCAUUAAGAAAAUGACCGAAAAUACAAACAAAUGACAAAAUCACAGUAUACUUUUAAGUCAGUCACCUAAAUAGUUCUCGGGAGAAUCUGGAGAUCUGAUAAAUAUGACUGUUCCCUGUUGUAGGACAAACUUCUUAACAUAAAUGUCGAUGCGUCAUUGUUGCAAGUCAAAUAAACUAACAGUCCUAAUUUAUUUACCCUGUUCAAUCAUUUG